AAACAGAAAGCAUAGUACGCACAGCAGGCAUAGCAAGCACAGCAGGCACAGUAAGCACAGCCACAGAAGCCGCAACAGCAACAGCAGCAGCAACAGCAACAGCAACAGCAACAGCAACAGCAACAGCAGCAGCAACAGCAACAGCAGCAGCAGCAACAGCAACAGCAGCAGCAGCAGCAACAGCAACAGCAGCAGCAGCAGCAACAGCAACAGCAGCAGCAACAGCAACAGCAGCAGCAGCAGCAACAGCAACAGCAGCAGCAGCAGCAGCAGCACCUCUUCUCUCGUCUGCUCCAGCCUCUCAUGCGCACACGGCACUUGUGAGGGACGAGAUGGGCGUGUGCUGCCCCUCCGCCCGCCUCGAUGCAUGUGGGCAAUGCGAUGGGGAUGGCACCUCCUGCUCUCUCCUUGCCACCGUUGCCAUGCGGGUACCAUUUUCGCAGUCAGUGGCCUCGCAUGCUCUCGAGCUUGCCUCCAGCACUGUGAAUUCCAGCUUGCCUGAUUCCAGCUCUCUCGACACCAGCACAGAUGGCGAUGCAGGCAACAGCAGCAACCAUCACUUGAGCGCCUUUGCUUCUGCCUUCAUCAGUGGGAUGGCUGAGAUCCUGGACGUGCUACCACAAGCCAUCUCCUUCCUCUCAAUCACUCCAGCGCCAUGCCUGCCGGACCUCCCAGAAGCUUCGGUUCCAAACCAGCUCUCCUCAGCCACCGAACCUAGCUCUCAGGCUGGGCAGCAGAGGUCUGGGGUGGAGCAAUCAGACCAGGAGUGGGAGUCGGAGGGGCGGUGUGGCCACCUGGAUGACAUGGACAGCCCCAGAGGAGUUUCAGUGCAGUUUGUUGCUCAUCCCCUAGCGGUGGGGUCAACAACUCCACGCAUGGCAGAGACCAGCUUCCGAGAGGCCCUGGUGCAGUAUGCUCAGGACAGCAUGCAACCCCCAACCAAGCCAUUCCUGGGCAUCCCUGGUGCUUCCUUCAUGUCGCUGCUCUCAUCAACCCGCCUUGGCAUCUGUGGGAACAACAUCUCGAAGAGUCCUCUUGCUGCCCAGAAGACUGUCCAUUCAUUUCGCUGGCGUGUCCAGCUCCUGACGAUGGCCGUGGGAGGAACAUUGCAUGCUCUGGGUUUGGGCGGUGCCGUGACUUCACAGGCACAUGUGACUGCUUCUGGGGUCAUGUUGGUGACGAUUGCUCUGAAUGCUCCACUGGAUGGGUAA